AUGCAGCCUUUUACCCACUCUCGACCACUGGGGAAUUUGGAAGUCUUUUUCAAGAAACUUGCUGACCUUGGAGUGACCCUUGAACGGGAACACUGGGCUGUCCAUCUUGCUCUGAGCUUGCGAGUGUCGGAUACCAUCAACCUUUCGCCCUAUCUUCAAAGGGCUUGGCAAGAAGUUCGCCGCCAUUAUCCAGCUAUUGGCUCCAUAAUCUGCCCUGCUCAAGAAGUGGGGGUCGAAGAGGAGUGUGAUGUCCUUAAGCGAGAGAUUCUGACUCUCCCUGUUUGUGAGGCUGCGCUCUGGAGCGAGGACACCUUUUUCGUUCAUGACAAUGAAAAGAAUGCAGAUAGUCUGUUUUGUUGUCUUCGACCAAAGCCAACAGCAACCUGUCACUGGCUACCUCAGUCGUCUCAGGUCGUCAUCCGCUCCUCGCACUGGCGCCUAGAUGGUAUUGGGAUGGCCAAACUUGGCCACGUCUUUCUGGCCAAGCUGGCGGAGGUCUUGCGGAUAGAGCCAGGCAAUGUCUCGCUUGGUGUGUCCACGACAAAUUUGCCCACCAACCAGCCGCUGCCACACAGCAUCGAGAACUUGGCUCGUAUUUGGAUUGAUAAACAGAGUGCGGAAGCAACUACAUUGCAAGAUCAGAGCAGCGCACACACUCUCCGCCUUGAAGCCGGCGCGGACGCCCUAGUCGGCGAGUUUCUCCGUGGUGUGCCGAGCAUUGGCCUACCUACUCGGACCAACUCCGCCACAGUGCCUCCAGGCGCCAGUCAACGCGUUGAAACCCGACUCAGCGUCUCGGAGACGGGGGAGAUCACGGAAGCCCGUCGAGCCAAAAAUCUCAGCUUUACGGGCACGGUUCAUGCCGCCAUAGUGCGCGUCACUGCGAGAUUUCCUCAACACUCCCUCGCUGAAUCAUAUGCUGCAUUCUUCCCCGUGGACCUCCGUCAGUCUAUAGUAUCAGCAGGUGCCGCUAGCGAAGACCAGCUCAUGAUUGGGCUCUACUUCUCGGGGCUGCCCAUUUGCGUGGGAGGAGUGGUCCCGGGCGAAGAUGGCGAGGCAAAGGCUUUUGAAGAGAUCGCCCGCGAGAUGACCGCUGUUUACAACAGGGAUUUGACCGCUUUUUGGAAGGGUCCCGAUGGGAAGCAAGUCAGCUUGAUGGAGCUGGCUGAGCCAUAUCUGCAGAGGACGACUGUACUUUUCAACACUCCAGUCCCCGAUGGCCAUCCACUGAUACAAACGCCUGAUUUGAGCGGGCUUGGAAAAUUCGAGACUUACUUAAAAAGAGAUUAUCAAUCCCUGUCAGAUCCCUUGGCCCCCAAAGUUGAGGUAGCUGAUGUGUGGAUUGGCACGGAGAUGCUUAACAGAUGUGUACAAUUCCAUGUCUGGAGCUGGCGAGAUGAGUUACGACUGGGUGCCUCUUUCAAUCAGAGCUUCUAUGAGAAGUCCUUUGUGGUAGAAUUGUUGGAUCAAAUUAUGGAGGAGCUUUUCAGAGGCCUGGAAAUACGAGGCCACCAUUAA